AGGCUGGGCCCGGCCCGGCCGGGUCAUUUGUCUUGUCAUAACUGUUUGUUUAUUUAUUUCGUCCUUUUUAAUGGGUCGGGAGGACGCCGGGCGCCUGGCCGAGGGGAGGAGCUGGGGCCGGGUCGGGCUUCUCCAUUGGUGCGGCCUCUGCCUCGCGUAGCGCUGGGGGAGAGAAACGGGCGGCCCGGGGCGCGGCCGCUGAGGUUGGGGCAGGUAGAGGUGAAGCAGUUUGCCCUUGUGCUCUGGCGUGAGGCGAGAGCGCCGUCCCUGCGGCCGGACACUUGGCUUUUUCAAAUACGAUCUCCUGUGGUGUGGAAAUCAAGGGGCCAUGUAGCCCAUGAGUGUUUUCUCUGUGCCCCCAGAGCCGCGAUGCGAGGGCUGUGGGCUGGGCGAGGUGGCCGGUCCCUGGGCCUUGGCAGAGCGGUGUUCCUCAGUAGCUUUGUCUUUUGAUCCCACCAUUUAUUGAGGCUGUGCUAGAAACCCACAUAAAGUGGGGGUAACUUUCUGAAGAGCUGCCCUUGGGAGAACAGCCCAUCUGGGGCUCAUGAGGGUGAGAAACACUGGCCUGUGUUGGCCAGAGACGUGGUAGAUGAACCAUCCCUGGAGACAUCCCAGGCCAGGCUGGACGGGGCUCUGAGCACCCUGAGCUGGUGAAGAUGUCCCUGCCCAUGGCAGGGGGGCACUGGGGGACAUUUGAAGGUCCCUUCAACCCAAACCAUCCUGUGAUUCUGUGGCUGGUGUGUUUGCAGUUGGGGUGAGGUGGCACCAGCGUGGUCUGACUGCCCAAGCACCAGUGUUGUGACAAGGGACAGGGUGACAGCAGGCAGAGCCUUGUCUUGCAUCCAUUUAAGAGCCGUUUACACCAUUACUGAGCAUUAUCCUGGUGUAAAUCCUUGAACAGCCCCUGAACUCAACACGGUACCAUGGGGAAUGGUAGAGGGCUUCGGGCAUGUGCAUAAUCGGUCCCAUAGUUACCUGAGUUCCGCUUCCAGAAUGAGUUGAUGUGGGGCUGACGCUACAGACCCAGCACAGGCUGCGCUUGGGUGAACUGGGAAGUUCACAGCAAUAAAGGAACUGUCUCCUCUGCAAGCUGAGCAUGUAAACAUCCCCAAUGCGCUUUUUGUGAGCCAGUUCCCGCAAAAAGGCUUAAAACAUUUGGUUCUCUUUCAAGUCCAUAUUGGUUAAGAGUGAGAUUAUCAGACUGCUACACUCUGUAGGGCUAAAUCCACAUUUAAUUUGUUUUUGUUUCUCUUGAAGAAGCACUUGAGCACUCCAGGUCGGAGCUGACUCCUGCUGUAUUUCUUUUCUGAAAAGGCUGAUCCAAGGGGGCACUGGGAUCAGAUGAACUUCCAAACGGGCUCCUAGAGCUGUGAGCAGAAGGCAGAGGGGUCACCAUGGACGACCCUCCGGCCUUUGGGCACUGUCGGUGUCAUGAAGUUGAACCCGCUACUCACGAUCCGGUUCCCAGGCCCAAAAGGCUGUUGGAUUCCGCAGAGCAGGCUCAGGUCCUGCAGUCAGCGAAGAAGGUUUGUGUGGGGGGUCGUCACUGCAGCAGUCCAGAUCCAGCCUCUCACUUUCUGGAUGAUACUGACCAUGACGACCUUGUUGCCAGUUCUGUUGCUUCCAAAUAUGAUGAUGUAGCCAUUUCUCUAGAUACAUUCCCAUGUUUUGAUGAUAGCGAGCCAGACGACUCCUUGUUGGAACUGUCGGAUGGUGAAGGAGGGAAUUCUCCUUUCAAUUACACCGAGGAAGAGAUCCAGGAAAUCUUGGCAGAUGAUUGCGUGGAAUCUGAGCGGUACAUAAGCAGAGAAAGCGCGCUGAGCCAAAAUGGAAACUCAGAGAGUGAAAAGGACGAGAGCAGCAACAGCAGCACCGGGACAUCGGUCCUCAGCGACGACACAAAUGUGGCCUCGGAGAUCACAGAGACACCCAACGAAUCUCUGUCCAGAGAGAGCUCUCCCCUCGAUUCCGAAUGUUACCCCAGCCUUUUGUACGAAAGUGCGAGUUUGGACGAGAACCAGCUGCAGUCAGCCCAAGUAACUCUUAUGUUGUUUGACCUUGAUAUUCAGGAGCUUCUAAGCCUGAGCCCGAUUGAUGCUGAUGAUGUAGAUGAGCCUCUGGAGGACGGUUCUUUGGAGGAAGCCGAAAGAGAAGCUUCCGAAGCGAUCGCAAAUGAUUGCCUGGAGUGUGAGAAAGCUGCUGGUAGCUGUGUUCUGGAAGAAUCCACAGAUGGGCUGCUGUCUGAGAGCCGGCAAAGCCCGGAUCGCCUGGGAGAGACUCCUGUUACAAGCAGAGAUGUGUCAAACAUCUGUGGUGACCAUGUGGAAAGAUCCGUGUCCUCUUCUGGCCCUGCCUGCGAGCAGAGCACAGCUGAUGGGAGCUCAGCGCCCACACUGCCCACGUGUCCCGCCCCAUCUUCUGGGUCCAGAAACCAAGAACUUCCCAAAGCAAAGAGCUGUUUUUCAAGGAAAUUAGAGUUUCUAGAGGAUGAUGAGGGGGAACCUACAGAAGCUGAACAGCCGUCAAACAGCAUUGAACACACAUUGUAGUUCUUGUGAAUAAAAUGUCUUUAAAUCCA